GGCAUUGCGUAGUUAUCUGCUCAGGGUUCAGUGUCAAUUGAUCUCAGGACACGGCUCACAACACAUCUCCUUAUCAGUCUUGGCUUUUAAUUGGGGCGGAACUCAACAGAAAAAGAAAGUGUGUACCUUCUGCCCCAGAACCAUGCCAGUACUUUCCACCGCUCACCGGCUCCCGCUUUCUGUGGAACGAGACUGCAGUCGGGAGGAUGAUAGCCUCACCAACCUCCAGUGGCUGCAGGACUUCUCCAUCUUGAGUACAGACUUGUCUUCCAUCGCCAACAGUCGCCCCCCUCUUCCCCGUGCCUCUCAGGGACCUUGCAGCCCACCAGCGGGUGAUACUGCUUCUUGCCAGGCUCCUCGCACUGGAAAACAGAGAUCAGUCGCAGUGCCCACUGCCUGGGCCUCCCUGCCAACUCCAUCACCCAGCCCUGUACAGGAGGUGGAUUAUAGAACCAAUGCUAAUAUCAAGCCACCAUAUUCCUAUGCCACCCUCAUCUGCAUGGCCAUGGAAGCCAGCCAGCAGCGUAAACUCACCCUAUCCGCCAUUUACAGCUGGAUCACACAGAACUUCUGCUAUUAUCGGCAUGCUGACCCAAGCUGGCAGAACUCGAUCCGCCACAACCUCUCUCUGAAUAAGUGCUUCAUGAAAGUGCCGAGAGGCAAAGACGAGCCGGGUAAAGGCGGAUUCUGGCAGAUGGAUCCUCGCUAUGCUGACAUGUUUGUCAAUGGGGUGCUGAAGAGGAGAAGAAUGCCUGCCUCACACCUUGACCCACCACGCUGCAACAAGGCCAUAGCCCACCAUCCCUAUCUGCCAGUUUCAAGACCCAGCAGCCAUCACAUGCAGCACAUAUCUGGUGGCCACAGGCAGUCUCGCCGGUAUGAGAAGCCCAAUCCUGUAUUGCCGGCGCUUAGAGCUCCAGAACGGCAAGGGGACGCCCUGUUCACUCCUGAAGACCCCCUGCAAGGGAGUAACUUUGAUGAUCUGGAUUUACAAACAGCCUUAAUAUCCAUGUGCUGGGAAGGAGACCUAGCGGCUUCUAAUCUUAAUAGCACCCUCACGGGCACCUCAGGGAUGGACAUGAAUCUGCAGGAUCCUCCCAUGCAGGACAACCACUGGUACCUUUCUACUGAGGGGCAGCAGACCUGGGAACAGGUCAAGGAAGAACCCGUGGUGGAGCAAUGGUACAACGAAACUGGCUUUGUGGAAGACGUGCUUUAUGAGUGUCCGCCUUGGGAACGGGUGGAGACCUUGUUAUGACCUCAGACUUAUUUACAGCUUUGUUAGAAGUGGAGGAACUCGUACUGAAAGGGGAGAGAAUCCAUCAUCAAAUCUCUCUGAACUCUUGUUUGAAGAGCUGCCAACCUCCAAACUGCAUAAGGAAGAGAGAGAUUGUUGCUCCGGAUGGGACUUGUAUUUCAUUGAUGUAUGGAUCCAAUCAACCUUGUGGACUUUGUUGCCAUCCAUUUCUCUGUGCAGAGAGCCCUUAGCCAUAUGACAUCUUUAGAGCUGCUCUGCCACAUACAUUCUUGGAAUAUCCGAACCCCUUCCUGUUCUGGGCCUUGGACUUGAUUGGAAACUGGUCUCUGCAAUGUUAGAGUGAGGUCUUGAGAAACUGCUGAGAGAAGUCUAUUGAAAGAGAAUUUAACGUAACUGGCAGAAUAUAUAGAUAUUUUUUACAGAUAUUUUCCAAUACCUAGGAGUCUGGGGAAUCAUUUUCUGAUGAUAAAUGUGCCGCAGUGCCUUCACUUGCAGGAUGCUGGGUGCUUUGAUUUAAAAGACAAAGGGAAUCCCUGCUCCGGAUCAACAGGCCUUCAUUAUAGGGCACCUGGGCUGUGUAUGAAAUCAACAGAGACUUUUGGCAGCCAUUGUUGUGUUAUGAAUAUUAGGACUGGUAACCUGUGUGCACACGUUGCCUUAAUGUGAGUGGUUAUGAUACGGGGAAUACAAGUUUCCAAUUUGA